AUGUCCAGUAGCAACUAUGAAAAACUAGGCUUUUUUUGCUUUUCUUUAGACUUUCUAUGCUAUGGUAUUGGAUGUCUAUCAGCAUCAUUUUUUGUAGAUAAAUUAGGAGUUAAAUUUUGUCUAUCAAUAUCAGCAACUGCUGACACUUUAUGGAUACUAGCUAUUAUUCCACCAGCAUUAUCUACUGAUAAGACAACUAAUAAUGAUAUGUUUAUUAGAAGCAAUGGCUUUAUAUAUACGACAUAAAUAUUAAUUCAAAUAAUUCAAGGCUUUUGUCUCGGCCUUAAAUGGGUAGCUGGAAGUAAAUACAUUUCAGAAUGUGCUACAGAGGAAACCAAAGGCUUUUACUUUAGCUUAUACUGGGGAUUGUUUAUGGUAUCAAUGGUCCUAGGCAGUUUGAUAGCAGCUUUUGUUACAAUUCAUUUUGAAAAGACUAAAGUUUUACUUAUAAUGGCAGCUAUUGCAGCAUUUUCCAUAUUUAUCUUUAUUACUCUAACCAAACCAAUUCCUUAAGAAAGAUAUUUACCUGUUGAUAACUAGCUUGAAGAAGUUUAAAUAUUAAAACAAUAAGAAGACGAUAGUCUAAAGACUAUUGAAAAUCGUAAUAAUUUUAGGGAUAUUCCUAAAAAUAAUUUAAAAUUUGAAUAAUCAAAACAUUUUGAUAAUGAAAACAAUAUGCUCACAGCUUAAAAUUAAAAACAAAGUGGAGUUUCAAUAUCAUUGAGAAAAGAGAUGCAAGAAGUACUUCAUCUCAUUUAAACUAAAAAAAUGUUACCAUUAAUACCAUAACUUUUAUGGGUUGGUAUUAGUAUUGCUGUUUAUUCGGGAAUAUUAGUAAUUAUCAUUAUUGAUACAGAGAAGAUUGGAGAUGACUAAUAUAAAUUUUCUUAGUCAAUGCUUACAAUGGUAUCAUUUGGAGCUGGUGAGAUAAUGGGCAGCAUUUUUUCAGGCUGGAUGAUAGAUAAAUACGGGAAUAAAAAGACUGCAUUGUUGAAUGUAAUCUUGGUUUCUAUUUACUUACGUCCUAACUUUUAUCUGGGGCUUAUAAGAUAGUUCAAAUAAUACCUUAUCAAAUGA